GUUUCAUUGCAUUGCAUUGCUUCCACUCUGAACUUGUCUCCAUAUAUACAUAUAUAUAUGUUUAUUCCGCCAUGGAAGAAGAUGGAUAGGCUAUUCAGCAGACCCGCAUCAAACCUCAGGGACCGCCUCCGGCGACCUUCCCAGCCUAUAACUGACCAACUCCAGUUCCUAUGGCAACGACAUCAAAUUCUCGAUCCAUCCGGAGAGAUUGUCACAUGGUGGAACCAUGUCUUCCUUGUAACCUCCAUCCUAGCACUCUUCAUCGAUCCUCUCUACUUUUACACACCUUAUGUUGGCGCCCCCGGUUGCAUGAGCAACGAUACGAGUCUCGGUGUAGCCAUUACCUUCUUCCGAACACUCGCUGAUCUCUUCUAUGUUCUUCACAUGUCGAUGAAAUUCAGAACUGCGUUUAUCGCUCCGAGUUCUAGAGUUUUCGGAAGAGGGGAGUUAGUCAUGGAUCCUAACGAGAUUACAAUGAGAUAUUUGAAAUCAGAUUUCAUUAUUGAUCUUGCUGCUGCCCUUCCUUUACCGCAGAUUGUUAUCUGGAUUGUGAUUCCUGCAACAAAGAAUUCUAGAGCAGAUUACGCUAACAACACGUUAGCUUUGAUAGUUCUAAUUCAAUACAUUCCGCGAUUGUUCUUAAUCUUCCCCUUGAAUCAAAAGAUCAUCAAAACUACAGGUGUUAUCGCAAAAACUGCGUGGGCUGGCGCAGCCUACAAUCUCCUUCUUUACACAUUAGCCAGUCAUGUUCUCGGGGCUGUUUGGUACCUGUCGUCAAUAGCCAGACAGCAUUCGUGUUGGAGAUUACAAUGUUCAAUCGAAAGGAAUGCUCCUCCAUACUGCCUUGUUGGCUAUCUAGACUGUGCCAGUUUACCUGUACCAAAUCGUCUUCAAUGGCUGAACUCUACUCAGGUUAUAUCCCACUGUGAUGCUAAAAACGACGAUUCCAAUUUCAAAUUCGGAAUGUUUGCUGAAGCAUUCACAAACGAAGUCGCUUCAGCUGAAUUCUCUUCCAAAUACUUGUACUGUCUUUGGUGGGGAUUAAGAAAUCUCAGUUCAUACGGACAGAACAUAUCAACAAGCACUUACAUUGGCGAAACCGCCUUUUGCAUUACCAUUUGCCUUAUCGGAUUGGUUCUAUUCGCACAAUUGAUAGGUCAAAUGCAGUCAUACCUCGCAUCCAUGACCGUAAGACUCGAAGAAUGGAGAGUAAAACGAAGAGAUACAGAGGAAUGGAUGCGGCAUCGACAGUUACCACCAGAAUUACAGGAACGAGUUCGUCGAUUCGUUCAAUACAAAUGGAUCGCCACUAGAGGUGUCAACGAAGAAUCAAUUCUCCUCUCGUUACCUUUAGAUCUUCGUCGCGAAAUCCAAAGACAUCUCUGCCUUCAGUUAGUCCGUCGUGUCCCGUUCUUCUCGCAAAUGGACGAUCAACUACUGGACGCCAUCUGCGAGCGGUUAGUUUCUUCGUUGAGUACGCAGGGGACGUAUAUCGUACGAGAAGGAGAUCCAGUAAACGAGAUGUUAUUCAUAAUCAGAGGACAAUUAGAGAGUUCAACAACAAACGGAGGUAGAUCUGGUUUCUUCAACUCAAUAACUCUAAGACCAGGCGAUUUCUGCGGCGAGGAGUUAUUAACUUGGGCGUUAAUGCCGAAUUCGAGUUUAAACCUUCCAUCAUCAACACGAACAGUUCGAACAGUAACAGAAGUUGAAGCAUUCGCGUUAAGAGCAGAAGAUCUGAAGUUCGUAGCUAAUCAAUUCAAACGUUUACAUAGUAAGAAACUUCAACAUGCAUUCAGAUACUAUUCUCAUCAAUGGAGGACAUGGGGAGCUUGUUUUAUACAGGCGGCUUGGAGAAGGUAUAAGAAAAGGAAACUUGCAAAGGAAUUGGCUCAACAGGAGAGUGAGUAUUAUGAUAAGUAUAUGGGAAUGGCGGAUGAAAGUGAUGAUGAGAUGAUGCCUGGUAAUUAUGAUGAUGAUGAAGAUGGAGGGAAUUCGAUGAAUAACCCUAGAAAUCCACAGCAACUUGGGACGACGUUUUUGGCUUCGAAAUUUGCGGCGAAUGCGAGAAGAGGAGUUAAUUCGAAAGUUCAAAUUGUUGAAUCUGCUUCUAGUUUAAAAAUGCCCAAAUUAUUUAAACCUAAUGAACCUGAUUUCUUUAAAGAUGAGUAGUUUUUUUUUUUACUUUUUAG